AUGGCCCUUUUGCGAAGAGGGCCAGAAUCCUUCGCGACGGGCAAAGACUCAGGCAAGCAUUUUCCGCUGCAAACGGUUAACCCGACGCCAUGCCAGAGGAUCUUCGGCCACGAGACAUUUGAAAUCUCGGUUCCUUCGCUGCCGCCGGGCGUGGUCAUCAACAGUCCCGAAGUACUAGAAUAUGUGCUCAAGAAUGAAGCAUCCAUCACCAAGGGAGAAUUCUUCAGGGACCGGUCGUGGGAUCUCUUUGGCUACGGGAUCAUCAAUGCGACAGGCGAACUAUGGCGAGCCCAACGGAAAGCCGGGCUGAAGUUCUUCAGCGGCACAAACCUUGAAGUCAUGGUUGAUGAUGUUCUGCCAGAGGUCUACGGAGAAUCCACAAGGGCAGGACUUUUACAAGCCUCGCAGGACCGGUCCGUCAUGGACAUGCAGAAGGUGUUUCAUGAUCUUACCACCACGGUCGUCGGACACAUGGCGUACGAUAUGGAAAUCGAUGCUUCGUCGCCAUUCAGCCAAGCGUUCGACCAUGCCUCGUCACAGAUCGGCCUGCGAUUUCAGAACCCUCUCUACCGCGUCACCGAGAUGUUUACGGGCUCCUCUUUCCGCGCCUCGCUCGUCGAGGUGAAACGGUUCGGCAAGCAGAUUGUGACUGAAGCUCGGAAACGGCGCGCCCGGGAUGCCUUCGAGAGCCUCGUGACCAACACCCACGAGGAGGAGGACAAGCUCAGGACGCAAAGGGCAGAUCCCGUUGCAGACGGCAACGGUUUCGCGUUUGGAACCCUGAUUGACUCACUGAUCGAGUCUCUAGGAGAUCCCACGAUCGUGGCCGACGCCGCGCUGAAUUUCCUCUCCGCUGGCCGCGACACCACAGCCCAGAGCUUGACCUGGACACUCUACGCCCUCCUCCGCCAUCCUGAAUCGUUACGACGCGUCAGAGACGAAAUUGACGCAGUCGUCACAUCGAACGACAAGUCCAUAGGUAUCAACAUUGCGCAACUCCAGCCCUCCUCCCUCCCAUUCACCACAGCUACAUUCUACGAGGCCCUUCGGCUGUACCCGCCCGUGCCAUUCGAAAUCAAACAGACAACCCAGCCCGUCACGCUCCCGGACGGCACCUCUCUGCCCGCGGGAGCAAUCGUCGUCUGGUGCAUCUGGGCGUUGAACCGCGCGAGCAGCACAUUCGGCGAGGACGCCCACGUGUUCAACCCAUCGCGGUGGCUCGAGAACGACAAAGCCAGCGACAAUCAGCACUUUACUGGGAGUACCCGUCCGGUCGGCGAGUUCCCGGUCUUCAACGGCGGCCCGCGGUCGUGUCUGGGGAAGAAAAUGGCCGAGGUGAUGGCGUGUUGGGUGCUCGUGAGGUUUCUGGCCGAGUGGGAGUUUGAAGAGGUGAAUGACGGGUUGAACAUGGAUGCGCGGACGGGCGAGAGGAGGAGCGCCAAUAGCUUGACCUUGCCUAUGCAGGGGGGUUUGCCUGUAAGGGUCAGGACCAGGGAGACGGGGAAAGUGGCUGUAGGGAAGAUGAGGAAGGUGGAAAUAGAGGAUGAGGACGGAUGGUGA